AUGGAGAGGAUCAUGAAAGCUCAGGCUUUGAGAGACAGCAGCAUGGGUGGCUACAUGUCGAGCAAGAAGACGAUGGAGAUCAACCCAGAGAACUCGAUCAUGGACGAGCUGAGGAAGAGAGCUGAAGCGGACAAGAACGACAAGUCCGUGAAGGAUCUGGUUCUUCUUCUCUUUGAGACUGCUCUUCUCACUUCUGGUUUCAGCCUCGACGAGCCCAACACUUUCGGGAGCAGAAUCCACAGGAUGUUGAAGCUUGGACUUGAGCAUUGA